GGUCAAAGAACGGUCGCGCGCCUCUAAAAUGACGUAUGCAUAAUAACAGAAAUGUAGACGUUGAUUAACUGUCAGUUGGUGACGUACAGUUGCUGUUUUAGUUGGUGAAAGUUAAGCUAACUACGAGUUAAAAUGACUCGAAACAGUUUUAACACGAAUGAAGAUUAAAAUACGGCUUCUGUGUUUACCUGUGGAACGGCUUCUUUCAAGACGACGUCCGUCUUCACUAGAGAUCAGAGGAGCAGAUAUGAGUUUAAGUGCAGCAGUGAGUGGAUUUGUCGUCUUCCUUCUCUCUGUGUCAGUGAUACAGGGUCAGGAUGACUGGGGAGUGACUUACAGCUCUACUGAGGUCUGUGCCUUCAAAGGAUCAACAGUGGACAUGAGUUGCACCUACAGAUACCCAUCUACUGUACAGAGAGUUGAGAACAGGUUCUGGUUCAGGACAGUGCAGAAUGAGAAUUAUGUGGGUCUGAAAAAUGAGCUAGGAUAUUCAGGUCGUGUGCAGUAUGACUGUAUUAACAAGGACUGCAGUCUGAGAAUCACAGACCUGAGAGAGAGCGACUCAGCUGAGUACAAGUUCAGGUUCAUAACAAACCAACCAGGUGGGAGAUACAUUGGUUCACCUGGAGUCACUUUGAGGGUCACAGAUCCAGAUCUCCAGGUGCAGGUGAGCAGAUCCUCAGAUUCUAGCUGGAGAGACCUGAAGUGUCACAGCAGUUGUCAUCUACCUGAUCGUUCUUCCUACAUCUGGUACAAAAGUGGACAGAAAAUUCCAUCACAAACAUCUUCUACUUAUUCAGUCUACUAUAAUUCUGUAGACAGUUAUUCCUGUGCUGUUGAAGGACAUGAGGAUUUCCCCUCUCCUCCAGUGUGUGUUGAUGGUCAAACCUGCAACAGAGUGAUUUACACUGACAGAAGCAUCUGUGCCUCCAAAGGCUCAUCAGUGGACAUUUCUUGUACUUACAGCAGUUUUAACAUUAUCAGGUCUAAAUUCUGGUUCAGUCCUGAUCGUUCUCAUCAGUGGCAGAGUCCUUCACAGCCUGAGGACCUUAGUGACUCCCAGUUUGCAGGUCGUGUUCAGGUCCUUGAAUCAGAGAGAAGACGCUCCACUCUGAGAAUCACUGACCUGACAGAGAGUGAUUCAGCCGAGUACAAGUUCAGAUUCAUUACAGACCAAGAAGGAGGGACAUAUACUGGUUCACGUGGAGUCACUUUGAGGGUCACAGAUCCAGAUCUCCAGGUGAAGGUGAGCAGAUCCUCAGAUUCUAGCUGGAGAGAGCUGAAGUGUCACAGCAGUUGUCGUCUACCUGAUCGUUCUUCCUACAUCUGGUACAGAAAUGGACAGAAAAUUCCAUCACAAACAUCUUCUACUUAUUCAGUCGACUUUAAUUAUGCAGACAGUUAUUCCUGUGCUGUUGAAGGACAUGAGGAUUUCCCCUCUCCUCCAGUGUGUGUUGAUGGUCAAACCUGCAACAGAGUGAUUUACACUGACAGAAGCAUCUGUGCCUCCAAAGGAUCAUCAGUGGACAUUUCUUGUACUUACAGCAGUUUUAACAUUAUCAGGUCUAAAUUCUGGUUCAGUCCUGAUCGUUCUCAUCAGUGGCAGAGUCCUUCACAGCCUGAGGACCUUAGUGACUCCCAGUUUGCAGGUCGUGUUCAGGUCCUUGAAUCAGAGAGAAGACGCUCCACUCUGAGAAUCACUGACCUGACAGAGAGUGAUUCAGCCGAGUACAAGUUCAGAUUCAUUACAGACCAAGAAGGAGGGACAUAUACUGGUUCACGUGGAGUCACUUUGAGGGUCACAGAUCCAGAUCUCCAGGUGAAGGUGAGCAGAUCCUCAGAUUCUAGCUGGAAAUACCUGAAGUGUCACAGCAGUUGUCGUCUACCUGAUCGUUCUUCCUACAUCUGGUACAGAAAUGGACAGAAAAUUCCAUCACAAACAUCUUCUACUUAUUCAGUCUACUAUAAUUAUGCAGCCAGUUAUUCCUGUGCUGUUGAAGGACAUGAGGAUUUCCCCUCUCCUCCAGUGUGUGCUGAUGGUCAAACCUGCAACAGAGUGAUUUACACUGACAGAAGCAUCUGUGCCUCCAAAGGAUCAUCAGUGGACAUUUCUUGUACUUACAGCAGUGAUGAAAUUAUUAAAUCUAAAUUGUGGUUCAGUCCUGAACGUUCUCAUCAGUGGCAGAGUCCUUCACAGCCUGAGGACCUUAGUGACUCCCAGUUUGCAGGUCGUGUUCAGGUCCUUGAAUCAGAGAGAGGACGCUCCACUCUGAGAAUCACUGACCUGACAGAGAGUGAUUCAGCUCAGUAUCACUUCAAGUUUACAACACAACGGUCUGAGUGGAGGAGUAGUUUACCUGGUACAACUCUGACUGUCACAGCUCUGCAGGUGCAGGUGACCAGAAUAACAGUCCACCAGUCUGAUACUGAGGCAGAGCUGAAGUGUCACAGCAGCUGCAGUCCAGCUGCUCGUCUUUCCUACGUCUGGUUCAAGAACGGACAGAAAGUCACAGGGGUGGAGACAUCUUCUUUUAAAGGCCGGGUUUAUCCUGGAGACGUCAUCUCUUGUGCUUUGAAAGGACAUGAGAACUACGGCUCUCCUCCAGUCUAUGGUCCAAGACUUCCCUCUGUGUCAGUGAGUCCCUCUGCUGAGAUAGUGGAGGGCAGUUCAGUGACUCUGACCUGUAGCAGUGAUGCUAACCCAGCAGCUAAUUACACCUGGUACAAGGAGAACCAAACACUGAUUCAAGGACCAGAAGGAAUUUAUAAUUUCUCCUCCAUCAGCUCUGAGGACAGAGGGAACUACUCCUGCAAGUCUGAGAAUCAGUAUGGAGAGAUCAACUCUUCAUCUCUAUUUAUAGACGUCCAGUAUGGUCCAAGACUUCCCUCUGUGUCAGUGAGUCCCUCUGCUGAGAUAGUGGAGGGCAGUUCAGUGACUCUGACCUGUAGCAGUGAUGCUAACCCAGCAGCUAAUUACACCUGGUACAAGGAGAAUGAAGACUCACCAAAAGCAUCAGGACAGAUCUUCACCAUCACUGACAUCAGAGCUGAACACAGUGGGAAUUAUUACUGUGAAGCCCAGAACAGAAGAGGACGUCAUAACUCCACCUUACAGCUAACAGUUUCACCACGAUUAUGGAAAUCAGCAGUCAUUAAAACAACACCUGUUGUUAUCCUGGCUAUCAUCGGGCUCGCUCUCUUCGUCCUGAUAAGAAAAACCAGGGCUGCAAAGCAAUCACCUCAGCGUGGAGAUGAACCAGACAACAGGACACAGGAGCAGGAUGACCUUCAGUAUGCCAGUGUCCUCUUCUCUACGAGCCAGACAGAUCCUGUGUACUCCAACAUCAGACCAGCCGGACACCACAGACACGAGGAGGGAGAAGAAGAAGAAGGAGUCGAGUACGCCGCUGUCAGAUUUACCAGAGCAGGUGCUGCCCCGAGAAGCAGAGGUCCAGAGACUGUGGAGGAUCCAUCUGCUCUGUACAGUACAGUCAACAAACAAAACCGUUGAAGGCAACAGGAAUCUCUCGACUGCCCGUUUCUUCAUUUUUCAUUCCGGUGCAUGAUAACAACAAGAUGGCAACGCUAGUCGUUUGGUUCCACCACUACUGUCCAGACUUUCCAGACUGAAACAGCUCAACAUCUACUCGAUUGAACAAUUUUAUGGUGACAUUCACGGUCAGGGUGGAGAAUGUAGAUCCCCGGACUUGAGCUCAUUUUGUGUUUUUGUAUGAACAUGUAUUAACAACUGUUGGUUAACUACACCUGAACUUUGGUUUCAAACUGGACUAGAGCUGCAGUCUCUCUGCUGAUUUCUUCUGUUGCUAAUUUCCCUAACAGGAAAACAUAGGAUGGAUGGAUGGAUAGAAAGAAAGAACAUUUAUAGAACCAGAGGCACAUGGACAUGCUGUAUUUCUGCAGUGUAAUGUCAGGUAUAUAUAAUGUAUAAUAAUGUAGUUUUUAUCAUUUUAUUCUACCCAUGUAUUCAUUUUGCUCAUUGCCUGCACAUUGAAAUGCAUUCCUUCUGUUCUGUAUUGCAUUUGUUUCCACUUCUCCUUGUUCUGUUUUGUAUUAGUGCUGUUUUGCUUUAAUAAAAGUUUGGUUAAAGUUC